AUGGGCGCCCCUAUCAAGCCCCAUUGGCAGCAACCAUCUCACCCAGCGGUGCAGCGCGUCAUCAUCGACGAAGCCGAGUUCUCGUCCAAGAGCAUCUCCGAGGUGGCCGUGCCGCCGUUUGGCCACUUCGCCGCCCUAGAAUUUCCACCGUGUACGGCGGCCGACGAGGCUACAUAUGCCACGGUCCAGUACGGUAUCAAGAAGCACCUGAACCUCAACAGCGACCUUCUCUACAUCAAUCACUCAUGCGAGCCGUCCCUUAUCUUUGACAUGGCCAACCGCGCCAUCAUUGCUGGCCCCAAAGGUUUGCAGCCGGGCGAUGAGCUGACCUUCUUCUACCCGUCGACCGAAUGGACCAUGGCGCAGCCGUUCGACUGCCUCUGUGGGACGCCGACCUGCCGCGGGCGCAUCAGCGGCGCCGACGACAUGACGGACGCGCAGCUGCAAGGGCUGUGGCUGAACAGGCACAUCCGCCAGCUGGUCGCGGCCAAGAAGAGCGCCUCUGCUGGUAACAAGCAGGAGGAACCUCUCCACAAGAACGGCAACGGCAUCUGCCAGAAGCCGGCGCAGGCGCCGGGUGCAGUCCCCGGGGAAACCGGAGCCGAGACCGACUACGUCGAGCAGGCACUGCGGGACGCGCUGCAGCGCGCCGAGGAGGACGCCAACGCGGCGCGGAGAGAUCUCGAGUCGCACGACGCCGCCGCCGGCUCCACGGGGGCCUCUGCUCCGCGCCGCGGGCUCACGUCACGCGAGCUGGGGGGCGAGAUGGGCGGAGAUACGGUUCCGUCUGCUUGA